AUGUCUGCCUACGAAGACCCUAUUUCCAGUCCAAAUAUGGCAAGCUCAAUAGUUUUUAUGAGUACAAAUUAUAUUAUUUUUGAAGAUGAUGAAUUCUUAAAUAACUUUAAAAUGAAGCAAUCUUAAUUCACAAUGCUGGACAAAGUAAAGUUAUCCAGAGAAGUGAGUGAAUAGAGUAUUCUCUCUUAAGACUCUUAUGAUUUCGAAGCCAAAAAAGGUUUCAAGACUAAGAUAUGGAAGGAUAGAGCUCUAAAUAUAAUAGUUCUUGUUGCUCGCUUUGUUACUUACUUAUUGACUAAUUCGGAUAAAUUUAAAUUGCGAUACUUAGAUCAUAGGUAAUUUAAAGUUAUUGGAGAUAAGGCUUCUGAUUUUAAUUUUUAUUUAACACAUAAAUUAAUAAGAGGCAAGUCUAAAAAAGGCUCAUUGGUAAUUUUAUAUUAUUAUCCUAAGGAAUUGCUAUCAACAAAAAUUAAGUUGUACCUAAGUUUUUUACGAGUGUUUUCCUCAAUUAUAAAACCAAUAAAGCCUGAUAAUUUGCUUAAACUAUAUUGGGAUGUAAUUGUUUUUCUCAUUCUUUUAAUAAAUAUACUUUAUAUUCCUCUUAAGAUCUCAUUUUAAAUAAGUGUAGUUGAUGGAGCAGAUUUUUUUUUAGACACUCUACCUCAAUAUGUGUUUGUUUUUGAAAUAUUGCUUAAUUUUAAUGUUGCUUAUUAUUCUAGAGGAGUAUUAGUGUUGAAUAGAGCAUAGAUUUUCAAACAUUAUUUGAAAGGUAAAUUUGCUCUUGAUUUUAUUGUUCUCAUCCCAUUUAUGAUAGGGAGAUCUAAUGUUCCAUAUAUAGAAUUCGUUUUACUCUUUAGAGUAUCUAGGGUAAAUAGUUUUAUUAUCUUUAAAGGUUAUGUAUAUUUUCGAAAAUAUAGUUGAAACUAUGAAUCUUCGAGUAAAUUUUGCAUCAGUUAUUGACAUAAUCUCAUUAAUGUCAACCUUCUUGUUUGCUUCACAUAUAAUAGCUUGCAUUUGGCAUUUUAUAGCAAUUUAAGAAUCUUCUUUUGAAGAAAAUACAUGGAUUCAAAGAGCAAAUUUGGUUGAACAUAAUUGGCAAGCUAGAUAUAUUACAAGUUUUUAUUGGGCUUGUAUAACUACAUUGACUAUUGGGUAUGGCGAUAUAAUACCAGUAAAUAUUAUGAUAAUUAUUGUAAAGGUUACUCAAUAUGAGAAAAUAUUUGUAAUUUUUGUGACUCUUUUAAGUUCUAUUAUAUUUGGUUAUACAAUAUCAAGUAUUGGUUCAAUUUUUGCUCAAAUGAGUGAAAAUAAAAAUUAUCUUAGAGAUAGAAUGACAUUGAUUGAUUCUUUUCUUAAAAAAAGAGGAUUGAAUAAAGAUUUGUAAGUUAAAGUUAAGAAAUUCUUUGAGUAUUUUUUGAAGUAAGAGAGAGAUUAAGAAUCAGAAUGUGAAAAAUUAAUGAUUCAUUUAUCUGGAACUUUAAAUAGGGAAGUAAAGAUAGAUUUUUAUAAAAAUAUGUUAUGUACUUCUAAAUUAAUUAGGCAAAAUUUCUCUGCUCAAUUUAUAGAGAAGUUAUGUAUACUAGUUAAAGAAUAAUCAUUUGUUCCAGAAGAGAUAAUCUCAAUUGAAGGGUAAUUAAAAAUUAAUUAUUAGAUAAAAAGUUGAUAAAAUUUACUUUAUACUUAAAGGAGAGGUAGAAGCCUAUAUUAGUAACAAUAAAACAAUUAAAAUAUAUUCAAGAAGUCAAGCUAUAGAUGAAAAGUCAUUCAUUUCAUAACAUCCUGCUUUGUUUUCAACCAGAGCUAUUAAAUUUUCAAAACUAGCUUACAUCACUUAUGAUGAUUUAUUGGAAUUAUUAAAAUACAAUUAAGAAGAUAGAGAAAAUUUUUAUUAUGUGAAACAUCAAAUAGAAUUUGGUGGUAGAGUUAAAAUGGGUGGAUGUGAAUUAUGUCAUCAAAAUCAUGAUUUCAUAAAAUGUCCAUUUGUGUUUUAUACACCAAAUAGUUUAAGAUUAUUUAAAAAAAAUGAUCAUGAUGAAAAGUAGCAUAGAAGAUUCAAAUUACGAUCUAGAAUAAGCUAAAAAUUGCAUAAUGUAAUGUAAAUUAAUUGCUAUAAAUAGAAUUCUCUAGGAUAAUUAAAAAAUCAACAAUAAAUAGUCUUUAACUAUUGUGCAUGUUAAGGAUUAUUAAAUGAAAUUGGACCUAAUUCAGAAUUUAUUUUAUCAAAUAGAUUCAAUUUUUAAUAAGAUUCAGCAUAAGAAGAUAUAGAACCUAGCUUGACAAAUUCAGAUAAUGAGUCAGAAUAUAAACCAAUAAAAUCUUAAAAUUAUUUACAGAUCAAAAGAGAUUCUAAAAGGAAAGUUUCUGAAAAUAAAGAUAAUCAAUCUAUCAAAUCUAAAAAAAAAUAUACUAGAAUUUCUAUUUAAAAAAUAUGUUAAUAAAAUAGAAAUUCUGGAUAAUACGAAAGAGAAAAUUAAAUUUUAGAAAGGAGACACAAAUCAAGCACAAAAAGGGCUACUUUAAUAUAAAAUUUGAUGAAACUUGAAUAAAGUGAAAGAUUGGAUGAUGACCCUUUAUAAACUUAAUUUUAAUAAGCAAUAGCUCUAACUUUAUAGACUUAAUAAUAGUAAGGAUUAUCAUAAUUACCAUCACCAUAAUUAUAAUAGCAUUCAGGAUAAUAAUUAAAAUUUUUUGAUGUUGAUUAAGUAUAAUAUAUUGAAAUGGAUAUUGCAAAAUUAAUGCUUACAAAAGAAUGCGAUAUUGAUUCAUAAAAAGAAAUGGAAUUUUAUGACACGGGAUUUAAUUUUGAGAUAGUAGUUGGAAAAUUGAAAAAAGCUAGUAAAAAGUUACCCUUAAAAUUGAAAAGAAAAAAAUUGAUAAAAUCAUUGGCAAGAUCCCAAUCAAUACGACAUAUUAGCUAAACCAGAUCUUGA